CAGGCGCUUCUUUCGAUUUUCAUGUAAAAGCAGGAAGAAGGAGGUUACUCAUAUUUCCCCCUCAACGUCCUGAACUGGAAAAAAAAAAAUCCAGACUGGGACCGAUUUCAUGCUCAGUGGUAACAAGUUAUAUCCGAAGUUGACAUCUAAAGCGAUCCGACAGGACACUCCGCGGACUGUAACAGCGCUCGCUGAGGCUGAUUUCCGGGUAAGAAGGAAUUGUCUGAGUCUCAGCCCGUGAGAUGUGACCAGUUUGUCAACAUGGACAUGGAAUUACACGAUAUAAAACAAUCCGACAACAAUAACGAGUUGGAAGAACGACGGGAUGGGGUCUGCCCAGAAAAUGGAAGCUGCUCAAACCACAACACACCUGGUGAACACAGCCACCUGCUAUCAGAGUCACCUGUUGCUGAUGGAAAUGGAGAACACUGUAUUGUGGGAAAUAUUCCAGAACACCAACCAGGACAAAGUCCUGAUAAGCCUGUGGGGAAUCUCGGCAGAUUGAAAAGGGAGCUGAAUGAACAAGCCUGUUGGAAGCUCAAAGUGUGGAUGCUCCUUCUUAUCACCCUUAUUUUAAUCAUUUUUGUCAUCUUUUUUUCUGUUUAUUUCUGCACAGUUCCAGGAGAGGACGUGGAUGAGAAGUACGACCGUGCAGAAUUUGUGGUGCCGCGAUUGUUUAGUGGGAAUUUGUCAACAACACUUGUUAACGAAACCUUUAUAUUACAUGCACAACAAAAGCUGUCUAACAUCUACACAUCCUCAUAUGCCCUGGGACGGUACUUCUCCCAGGCUACAGUAAAGGAGAUGAGCAGUUCUAGUGUCUUGUACAACCUGACGUUUUUAAUGCCAGAAGAGCACGGACAGCUAACAAAUUACACUCUGAGCAAAGAGAUGGUGUUCAAUGUGCUUCUACAAGAGCUUUAUGACCAGGAACCUGACGACCCACUUUAUAUCGAGCCGACUUCACUCACCAUGGAAGUUGUGAGUUAAACGAGCUGCAUUCCAACCACAGUCCUGAUCUGAGAAUUUCUACAUCUUCUAUAUAUGAAGAACACAUGACAACCUGUGAUAUGGCCACCAUGUUCUGCAUGUGCCUGACCUUAUACUGGAACCACUGUUUUGAGGGAUUUUAUUCUAUUAUUGACCGUAACACAUAAUUGUAAUUAAGAACAUUUCCUCAAAUAGCUAAGGGGAUUCGAGAGGUUUUUCAAUAGGAAUCAAUAGGAACUUGUAGUAGUUUUUUCUGUCUUAACACAAUUUAGCACUCUUUGCACCUUUGAUAAGGAAAGCACCGUUCAAAAGGUUCUUAUCAGACCUAAUGUGCUUAUCUUUUGGGAGUCAGAUGCUGGAUCCAAAGUCAACAAACAUUUCCAUCCUGUUCUGUUCCAUGGAAAUGUUUUGACGAAUCCUUAUUAAGACACUUUGAGAUGUUUCGAUAUUAGGAAAUAUUGCUUUAAUGUACAUCGAUCAGCCAUAACAGUAAAACCUAAAGCAUUACGCCUUGUAUUGUGUGGUUACCCCUUGGCCCCGUGGUGCAUGACUCCAUAAGACCCCUGGCAUGUGCUGUACCUCAUACACAACAGGCUGCCAUUCAUUGGGAGAUCUGAUCCCAGAGUCGUCAGGAUUUGCUUUUUUUUUUCAGCAAUUUGGCUUUUUUGUGGGAUUGUACCAGGCAGGCUAGAGAUGAGGCAUAAUUGAGCCUUGGGUUACCCUGAUAAUCAUUAUAUAAUUGAUCAAUGUUAUUCAAAUCACCUGAUGGUGAUGGUGUUAAUGUUAUGGCUGAUCAGUGUAUUAUAGUAGUAUCAGUUUGAAUAACAAAUAUGAAUUAUUGAAUAACAAAUAUGAAUUAACUUUAUGUAUGUUUAAACUGUAUAUACAGUACAAUGACAUUUUUAGUUUUUUUUUUUUACUGUUUGUAAGAGUCACAAGGUGGUGCUGUUUCUUCGAAUGACAUCAGUUUACCAUUCAGACGUGUCCAUGUAAAUGUUAUAUAAUUAUUAUUUAUUAUAUAUAUUAUAAGAGUGUAUUCAGCAUGUUUGAACACUGAUAUUGUUUGAUAUUGUUCAUGACUUUGUUUAUCUUUUACAAUAUUGUGAGUAAACUCCAAUUAUUUUUUGUAUCAAAUACAAUGAUGUAUUUGUUACCUAAAUAUAACAUAUUUUACAAGCACAUGGCUUAUUCCUGCUAAAGAUAAUGGCUUCUGGUGCUCUAGUCCUAUGCUACGUAAAACUAAGCAGAAAUUCUAAAUGAGCAAUUCCUUUUUAAUUGCCAAUUAAAAUCCCAUAAUGUAGUGUCUCUUAUACACCGUGAACAAACUUAAGCAUGUGUUUGUGCAAUAGGCUGCUUUGUUAUUUUCACUAUACUAAACAUUCAGUAGUAUCUUUAAUAUAUUAGAUAUUUAAUGUCUAAUAUUUAAUAUUUUAUAUCAAGGUGUAAAAAAAGUUAGAAAUAAUUUGUCAAUGUGUCAUUAAAUUGCCAUUCUAUGAGCAUUAAGGUUGAAGGGCAAAUCACAUUAAACUAAAGUCAGCUGAAAUAUCUUGGUGUUUAUUCCAUUGCUAUAAAAAAAUACUAAGAUUAGGCAGCAUGGUGGUGUAGUUGUUAGCACUGUGGUGUCACACCCAAAAGGUCGAGGGUUCGUUUCCUGCCUCAGGUCUGUGCAUGCUGCAGGUUGCAUGUUCUUCUUCUGUGUACUCCAGUUUCAUCUAACAUUUCAAAAACAUGCAGAUUAGGCCAACCUGCAUUCCAAAAAUUCCCUGUAGUAUUAUGGAUGUGGCAUUCUGUCCAGGAAUGCCCGAAGUCUUCUGGGGUAGGUUCCAGGCCUCCACAACCCUGCACAGAAUAAGUGGUAUGAAAGUACUGAGAUUGUAGUAACACUAAUUAGUAUGUGAAAAAAGUGUGAAUAUAUUAGAAGUGAUACCUACUUGUUAAUGUUCAAUUAUGUCCCAAUUAUAAUAUUUAGCCAGGAAGUAUUUUAAUAUAAUUGUGUAAUAAAUGCAGGUAAAAAAUUUGUAGUAGCAGAUUUCUGAUGUCUUACAUGGCCUGUCUAACUGAUUAAACUGGGCAAAAGGGAACUUUAUAUGUUUUAUUAUUGGCAGAUCUGCUGAAUCUUUAUGACCCUGGUACAACGUUUCCUAACCUGUUCCUGGAAAAUCUCUAA